AAACGGCAAACACGUUCGCACUCGCGUCAUCACACAUUCGCUCGUUUACUCAACACUCGUUGGCCGACGUUYAAACUCUUCGCUCGUCCUCUCGCAGUCUCCACAGAUUUGUACCUCGUUCGACGUUUUGCUGACGUGCACACUUUCGCGCCAUCGCUCACUUCGAUCCGAUCUCAGAAACACGCACCAUGUCUUUCGAAGAAGCAGUUGAUAAGGUGAAAAACUUGAAAAAUACUCCCAGUGACACCAGUUUGUUGGAGCUCUAUGCUUACUACAAGCAAGCAACUGUCGGUGAUGUAAAUACUGCUAAACCUGGGUUUUUGGACUUCAAAGCAAAGGCCAAAUGGGAAGCAUGGAACUCAAAAAAGGGCAUAAGCAAUGAUGAGGCUAAAACAAAAUAUAUUGAAAUUGUCGAUAAGCUUGUUGAAGAAAUUGGCCUCAAAGCUUAAAUCAAAUGCUUGACCUUAAUGAUCACACAAAUGCUACACACAAACACUUAUUAAGUUUACUUAAUCUAUUUAAUUUAAUUAUGAUUACAAAUUAUAUGUAUAUUAUAUUCAUAUAUAAUGUAUAUUAAGAUCACCAAGCUUGUUUGGUUGCAUUUUAAAGUGUGCUCCGAAGUCACACAUAAAGACUAUUAUUGACUUAAAUGAUCAAAUUUGUUAAUUUACAUCACAUUAAAAUUAUUGUUAAUUUAUCAAGAUAAAUACUUAUAUUUAUUAUAUGA